CGGCUAUCGUCAAGCAAUCAGCAUCGCCCUUGCCAAUUCAACCCAAGAAUCUCCGCAUUCAUUCCCGAGAAUCACAGCGUGACGUGAUCAUGGACUUCUUUCGCGCGUACGACAAGUUCAUCCUCGCGAACGCCGGGCAGGUGUCUUCGAUCGAGUCAACAUUGCGUUCGUUGACAUAUGUACUACCUGGUCGCUUCAAGGAUGCCGAGCUUGCAGGAGAAACGCUGCAUUCAAUUCUGCAACUGGUUGGCAUUUAUCACGACUCUUUACUUGCUAAAGCUGUUGCCGGUCUGCCGUCUUCGGUUCAGAAGCCAACGCCGACACCACAUAGCAGAUACACGAAGUUCUGGCUGUCUUCGAACUCGAAGUAUAAACACAUCGCGCUCAUGAUUGUUGUGGUGCAAUAUACAGAGCUCUUGCUGGAGAUGAUGGCGAAAAAGAAGUGGGGAGAGAAGGGGAGGUGGAGGACGAUCAUCGGGAUUGAAGGGUUCAAAGCGGCUUGUCGUUUAUGUCUCUUGCAGCUGACAAAGUCGCGCCCUUUGGUUGAGCCCCCCAUGCCCGGACGUGAGAUUGAUCCCGAAACACUUGAGGAUCUGAAGACGAAGGCGCGUCACCCAAUGAGUGACCAUGCUUCCGUAUCAGAACAGAGUGAGGUCUUCGACGACGGCCACUGGAAGAUGCCGCGCACGGGGAAGAUUCUCCCGACAAUGACCUCAAACCACGCCGAUUCCGUGACCGAUUUCCUCCUUCGCAAAGUCCUUACGGUGGAUGACGUCAAACCACCCCUCCAACUCCUUCACAAACUCCGCGGACUCGGAAAAGUGGCGGAGGUGUUAUACAUCCUCAGACCAGUCAUCUACGCGGUCUUGAUGCGACACUGGAGCAAGAACAAGAACAGUAGGUGGAAGCCAUGGUUGGUCGGUCUUGCUAUGGAAUAUCUUGCUAGGCAAAUGUCGAAGAAGGAUUUCGAGAUGCAUGUACCGGGCGGUAUGAAGGCAUUGACGCGGUUGGAGAGGGAGGAGAUGAAGAGGAGGAUGUGGGCUAUGGGGUGGUGGGCUCUGCGUGGAGCGUUCUACGAAGACAUCACCAAGCCCUUCAUGGAUGGUGUUGCGGGAUGGUUGGAGAAGAAGCCGCUUAUCGGGCUUGCGGGUAGUCUUAUUGGUGACUACCAGUACCUGUGGGAGAAGUACUACUUUUCUACCGCAACAUUGUGAGCGCACACAUCUAUUCGCUCAAGUACAGGGCGGGGUAUAUCUCAGGCGUUUCUUCUUUUUUGGAAUUGGCGAGGUUGCAUGUAGCUCGUGUGGUCGCUCGUAUCUAUCUAUACAGCAAGAAAAAACAAAAUGCGUUCCUGAAUUGUAAAAAGGAAUGUUUAUGCAACACGCC